AGAUGUCUUCAGUAUGUUACUGUUGGUUUUGGCUUGUUACGAACCUGCAAGGAUCGGAAGGUAUCAGCUUUUAAAACUUGAAGGUACAAUUUUAUUCGACAUUUGAAGAUGUUUUGUUGAUUUAUGUAGAUAUAUUGACUUCCGUUGUUGACUUGUUAUUGUCGACGGGAAGUGCAAGUGUUUAACCUUACCGUAACAUGUGCAAAUAAAUGUUGACUAUCCUGCAAACACGUUAACAUGAAGGUAUUUGUGAUUCACGUAAAGCUGUAAUUCUCAUUUUCUCCUCUAACUUUGAUUAAUUAACAAAAACUUGAAAUUAAGACGCUUCCUGGUCGGUGUAUUUACCAGAAAACAACUCAAAUAUAAAGUGUUAACACCUGAUAUAUUGUCUUUGCACUACUUUCAAGUGCAAAUUAGUUGUAAACAUUAAAUCUGAUUAAAAAAACACCAUCUUACAUAAUGCUCAAACCUUUUUUUUUGGGGGGGGGGGGGGGGAUUUGAAGUUUAACAGUUGACCACUUUUCUUCCAUAUAAAUGGAUAUGAAACAUUCAGUGGACCACUUCUCCACAUUGUUGAGUUUUCAGUGUUUACUGAAACCACCCUUUCUUUCCUUUCUACAUUUUAGACCCACUGACAGAAACAGUGGACGAUGGAGUAUCCAGAAGACUUCAACCAGCUGGAGCUCCUGAAUACACAUGGACACCUAAUUCCCAGAGGGGCCAGCAGUCUGUGGACGGGCAUCAAGGAUGAAGAGGAAGAAGUAGAGGAAGAGGAGGGGGAGCACAGUGAAGAGUGGUAUUUAGAAAAGGAACAAACGCUUAAGGACAAACCAACUGAGCUCUUUUUGUGGGCAGCGGAAAACAAUCGAGUAAGUAGUGUUUUUUCUCCGCAUAACUUUACAUGCCCUACACUUGUGAAAAGCAAGGUUUUGGCUGAUCCUAUCUAAAAUUAGAUAGGAUAACCUCACAGCAGUGUGAGCAAGACAAUAUUCAUCAGAUUUGAAUGCUCAUUUAUUAUAAAUGACAAAUGAAUAUAUUGAUUAAGUCCAAGGCAGCAUUGGGUCACAUCUUCUAGGACAGGUGAAGUGCAGCCCAUCAUUGUUUGACCCUGUUGUCACAGUAAGAAACAGUAGUGUUAAUUACCAUGUAAGUUUUUACGAUGUGUCAUUUGGGGAAUGUCUAAAUAUCCAAAAAUUACAGCAUGUUCUAAACUUAUUAACACAAGUUGGCAGGGUUUUACCUUUGCCUUCAUGUUUCAGAAUCGAAUCAAAGGAGAGAUGGAUAGCAACUUAUCAGUCCCGCUAGUUUUUCUGUCACUGUCAUAUCCAAAGUUCAAUGAUGGUUGUACAACAUUACCCUAAAUUCAUUUCCUUGCAGUUUACUAUUCGUUUACAAAUCAAGGAGUUUUUAAGCUCUUGAGAGUAGCCAGUUUAGGAAAGAUACACUCUUUCCGGUCUAUUUUUGACCCUCUUAAUUAUACCUGUCAAGAAUAUAUUUAAGAAAGCAGGGUAACUGGAUUAAAACAAAGAGAUGUUUUACUGAAUGCUCAUUACAUUUAGUCAUUCACCUGAUUAUAUUAAUUUUAAAGCAAAGACUAGGCUUAACACUAGAGUCAGAGAGCUGACACACACGCUAUAAACUAUAUCGUACCAGACUCUGUUUAUUCAACACAAUGCUACAUGUACAUACAACUGUUAAUAUUAAAUAACGUCACCUCACAAAACAUAUAUCCAUUUUUAACUCUUAAUGUGUGGUCAACAGAAAUUGUCCCUCCUGUGCCCACCUUACUCCAAAUUCCAGCUUACAUGAAUUAACUGAUCACUGCUGUGCCACCAUAAACCACACCCACUUAUCAGUGUGCAAACCAAACUCACAUAGGGCAAAGGCAUCUUCAAAAUGUACAUGUUUGGCUCCAGCAACUACUUUUGUGGAUUCCCAAUAAGAAAUGUGACAAAGAUACAUACUUGUUUAAUUUUGUUUGGCUAAUUUACAGACAAGUAUUCUGUGGUUGGUAAAAUAUGUUAUGAUUACACUGUUAUUUAACUUCACCAGUACAGCUCAUUGAUAAGUCAGACACUGUGGAAAUAGAUGUAUCAACAACCCAGAAAAGAAAUAGCUAAAAGCACACCCCUAUCUGGGGGUCUGUCAGACUCUCACAGAGGAGUAAAACUGUCCCACUAAUACUACGCCUAGUUUUACUUCAAAAUUCACGCUGUCUGACACUUUCCCCACUCGCAACUGCAAUUAAACUGUUUUGAUCGAACACAGACAACCUCCAUGCAAUUACUGUUCAGCCCUGUCAGUUGGAUACUUUCUGCGUCCCUCCUCUUUUAAAUUAAAGUUUAUUACAUUCAGUGAAAAGCCACUGGGGGCUAAUAUUUUCAGUGGAGAGAGUAUCUGCUUUGAAUGCUGAUUUGGAACAAUGUGCAGCUUUGCAUCGUAAACUUUUCAUACACAGUUAAUUUAUAAUGCAAAGGAUUAUUUAGUAAAAACAUGCAAUGCAACAUGCAGUUUAAUUCUGGUAUAUAUUGAGCCACAAGCUAGAAGACAAAUCUCUCAGACUUUAGCUUUUCAUCAUGAUUAGAUCUCUUUCCCCUUUUUUUGUCCAUUCAACAGGUCAUAACCCCAAAGUCAGGUUUUAUAAAACCGAGGACAGCUGCACAUUUGGUUAAGCCUGAACUGGAAGUGACUUUGAUUUAGGAAAACAAGUAAUUAGUCAUUUGUAGUUUGAGGCAAUUAAAACAUCAACUACAAAGUAUUUUUGCCCAUUUUGUAAAAAUCAGAGAAAAUCGUCGUCGUUUUAUCAAAAAGUCAAGUUUUUCAAACAAGAGGCAGCCUAUUGAAAAGGCUGCAUGACUUUGCAUACCUUGAGACAGUAGAGACGUGAGACAUGAGUGUACGCUUUUCAUGAAACACAUAAUUAAACCUCUCAAAGGCAUUGAUAUCAUGAGACAAAUACACCCCAGUGUAACCCAGAUUAUUAAAUGAUGCUUAGUGUGAAAGACAGCUGGCCAACUUAAUUCAGUCACCAUCUAUUGUGUAUAGAAUAACUCUGUUGCCAUGCAACCGUUUUCAUGAACUCAUAAACCUUAUCUGAAAAGUAAAAAGCCAGGAAAAUAAAUACAAUCACUGCAUCUGUUUUGAGCAAAUUGGUUUCCAUUUUUGUAGUGCAGGUGUGGGAAGUGAUAUCAUGAUUUGACAGCAGAUGUUGUUUAUUUAUUUUUUUUUAUUUUUUUAAACUUAUUCAUCAACAGUUCAACCAGUAAAUGAGAAAAUUGCUCUGAACAACCACUAAUGGAGUUUUGACAACAGCUGUCAUUCACCAAAGUCUCCUUCUCUGUGAGUUAUUUUUAGUCAAGAACAAAAUUCAAGAAUGUUCAAGAGUACUCUACUGCAUUUGAGUGCAGAUACGCUGCUAAGACAUAUAAGAUAAUGUGUUCUCUUUCAUUUAGUACUUUUCAAUGAUCAAAUACGGGACCUACAUGUCCUCAGCUUUUAAUUUAACCACUCUAACUGAAUAGUGUUUACAUUUAGAAUACAAACACAAAUAGACUUUUUAGAUAGAUCGGUCAGAUCAGAAUCAGCUUCAUUGUUUGGGGACGAAGACCUACAGGCAUGAAUCAUUAAAAAUGGAACUAACAUGCUUACAUAAGGCACUAAUGUAGUUUACAAUAACAGUACGUGGCUGACCUGCACCCCUGCCUUUAUGUUGCUUGUUGUGGUGAAGUGGUGCAUGUUCAUGUUUGCUUAGAGGGAAGUAACAUAACAGUCAUCCACGUGGAAGCUGCCCGAUCUAACUUAAACAUGUAAAUCUUACUGAUUUAAAAAACACUGGGAAGUGGCAUUUGAUAUUAACUUUAAAAAAAUAUUUUCAUGAUUUGGAACUGGUGCAUGGCUUAUUUUAUACAUUAUGAUCAAAUAACUAGUCAUAUUUAGUGACUGUUAGUCUGUUGAAAUGGUUGUAUGAAGCUUUGAAAACAGCUUAAAGGGAUAUUCCGGUGUAAAAUUAAUUUAAAGUCAAACACACCGUAACACCAAGUUAGACACCCCCUCGAAAGAUGAAUGUUGCCGACCACUUGCUUCUCUAGUUAUACCAACUUUAGUAACGACAACUUGAUAGCAAUACACAGCAGUCUGAGGAGCCAUAAACAAACCUCAACCAAAACACCACUCUAUAGCCACAAAUAAUGCUCAGAACAGCACCUAACUUCAUCAACAGUACAUAUUGGGUCCCAGCCACAGCACUAGCCACCAAACAUCUUUUUAACUUUGCCUAAUUUCUUUAGCAAAGUGACUAAACACAACUCACCUACUCUCUUCCAUCAGCUGGUUUGUAGUCCAUUAUGGACUGCUGCGGGGGGACGCAGCUCAAGGAAGAACAUUUAUGAUCAUUUAUUCAUGGAAGUUUAGAACAUUUCGAACAUUUUUCUGUCAUCACUUAAGGUAGAACAGAAAAAUGUUCGAAACAAGGUGGUGAAUGUCUGCAGUAAAAUAACUGUCUCUGUUCAGGAAACUUUACAGGAUCUGUGUAACAAACAGCUGAACAAGAAAGCUUUUUACGGUGUGUUUGAACUUAAAUUAAUUUUACGCCGGAAUACCCCUUUAAGCUCCAAAAUAAGUGUUCUCAUGUUAGUUUAUAAGCUGUCAAUCAUAUUUCAUAACACUAAAUGAGGCCCAGUUUCUUUCCUGAGUUUUACCAUCCAUUGUCCUUGUGGCGGCCUAACCAUCAAGCAGCUGCCAUAAGGACAACAAGCUGUCAGAUAAUACAGCCUUAUGACUCAAGAUCUGUACCACAGUAAUGACACAUCACACUGCUGCAGAUUCAGAUCACCAAGACGUUAAGCUGUUGUUCCCUCUCAAAAAUAAAAACGUGUCUUUAAGAGAUUGUUUCUGUGUCGUCUUGGUGCUCAGCAUUUCUCUGCUUCUCCUCCAGCUUUCUACAGUCCACAGUUUGUUAGCUGCUGAUCCCUCACUCCUGCACUGCUGUGAUGAAGACGCUUACACUCCCCUCCACCGCGCAGCAUACAGCGGCCACGUUGAUGUGGUCGCUGCUCUGCUCACUGCCGGUUCGAAAGUGAACUCUCGCACCAUCGACGGCUGGACGCCCCUUCACAGCGCCUGUCGCUGGAGUCGCGUCACCGUAGCGAGCGUUCUACUGCAGCACGGAGCAGAGCUGAAUGCCCAGACCAACGGUGGGCUCACACCACUACACCUGGCUGCCUCCCACGCCAGCUCCUUGAAAACAGACUCUGCUCACACGUUAGAGCUCCUCCUCUCACAGCGACACCUCAAGCCGAACGUUCGCAGCAGCAGCGGGGAGACUGCGAGUGAGAUUGCACGUCGUAGUGGACCUCAUUACUUCUUGUUUGAGAUGGUCGAAGACUGUGUGAGCGUAGUUCCAAGCUCAUGAACAAAAACACAAACUACUCUUUGUAUUUAUGCAUUUAUGAUUCUCUGUCCUUGCAAGUGUGACGGACAUGAGGUAGAUUUCACAGAAUAUGUGAAGAAGUGGCUUUUUAAAGGGACGUGUUUGUGGCCAUUCAUUAAUAUGUACUGUAUACAGUACAGGCCAAAAGUUUGGACACACCUUCUCAUUCAAUGCAUUUUCUUUGUUUUCAUUACUAUUAAAAUUGUAGAUUCUCCAAACUAUGAAUGAACACAUGUGGAAUCAUGUGCUUAAGAAAAAAGUGUGAAAUAACUGAAAACAUGUUUUAUAUUUUAGAUUUCUCAAAGUAGCCACCCUUUGCUUUUUUUGAUAGCGCUGCAAACUUUAGCUGUUCUCUCAAUGAGCUUCAUGAGGUAGUCAUCUGAAAUGGUUUUUACUUCACAGGAGUGCCUGAAGUAACCCUGACAAGGUACUUCUGUCAUCAAGACCAAAGGGUGGCUAUUUUAAAGAAACUAGAAUAUAAAACAUGUUUUAGGUUAUUUCACACUUUUUUUAUAAGUACAAAAUUCUACAUGUGUUCAUUCAUAGUUUUGAUGCCUUCAGUGAUAAUCUACAAUGUAAAAAGUCAUAUGAAAAAUAAAGAAAAUACAUUGAAUGAGAAGGUGUGUCCAAACUUUUGGCCUGUACUGUAUAUGUAUUUUUGUUUAUAACACUGAUCAAAAUAAGAGCAAAAUAUUGAGAUGUUUUCUUCUAAAUGACAAAAUAUCUUGUCUAAGUUGAAGAGCUUUGUGUAGUCAUGGUCAUAAGACAACGUAUGAUUUAAGGUGAUGCAUCAAAGGGUGACUGUUUUUAGAUUCUUUAUACGUGACUGUCUCAAGGUCGUCUAACAAGAUGAUCGAGGUGCAGAUCAUUUUCAUGCAGUUUGUCAUUGUUGAUAAAGAAUUUAUAAAAUGUUGUUUCUCCAUCUCA